AUGAAUGAUCAGAGAUAUCUCUACAUCUCUGAAGACGACAAAUACGAAGUAAGACGAUAUAAAAUAGGAGACAAGAAUGGAACUAUCGUGGCUGGUGGCAAUGGACCGGGUGCUGAUGUUAAUCAAUUCAAAUGGCCUACCUACAUCUUUGUCGAUCAAGAACAGUCUGUCUACGUGUCAGACAGUGACAAUCAUCGUGUUAUGAAAUGGAAUAAAGGUGCAACAGAAGGAAUUGUCGUCGCUGGGAGUCAAGGUCACGGGAAUGCUCUGACACAAUUGUGGAACCCUAAUGGACUGUUCGUCGAUACGUUAGGUACCCUCUAUGUGGCAGACUCGGGAAAUAAUCGAGUAAUGCGCUGGCCUGAAGGAGCGAAACAAGGCACUGUUAUUGUGAGUGGAAAUGGUUGGGGACGAGGAACAAAUCAAUUCGCGAAUCCCAUCGAUAUGUCCUUCGAUCGACAAGGCAAUCUUUAUGUCGUCGAUCGGGGAAAUGAUCGUGUUCAACGCUUUUCAAUCGAAUGA